AAUCAUCCUUCUCAACUGGUGUGCUUGGUUUCUGAGGAUGAAAAGACCAGGGGAAGAUAAAGUACGUCCUGCCUGUCAACAUAAACAGCGUCGCUGUAGCUUAUCAAGCGUGGAGAUGAACACUGUGAGCGGCCAGCAAUCCAGUAAUGGGAACAUGCUAUACAUUGGGUUUAGGGGGCUGGAAGGGGUUCACUGCACACCUACCACUGAUUCAGGGGUGAUCUGUGGGAGGAUGACCUGCUCACCAACAGAUGAAGAAAACCUGCUGCACAGUGGCCACCCCUCUGAAGGUGACCCAGAUUUGGCAAAGAUCUUGGAAGAGGUCAGGUACAUUGCAAACCGAUUCAGAGACCAGGAUGAAGACGAAGCCAUUUGCAAUGAGUGGAAGUUUGCAGCCUCUGUAGUGGAUCGGCUCUGCUUGAUGGCUUUUUCAGUCUUUACGAUCAUUUGUACAAUUGGUAUUUUAAUGUCAGCACCAAACUUUGUAGAGGCUGUGUCUAAAGAUUUUGCUUAACACUCCAAUCUGAUUCUCUGAAGUAU